AUGUUGCCAAAAGGUGAAAAUGCAGAUGAUGUUCUUCUGGAAUCGAAUGCAGAAAGAGAGGCUGUGAGUUAUAAAUGAAAUAUUGAUUUGGGAUUUAUCUGUUACCCCUGAAAUAAUUUCAGAAUAGAGAGAAUUUGAAUAAUAAUUCUACUAUACAACCGGAAUUACCCGAACCGGUUUGUUUUGAAUUUUUGAAAAGCUAACAAAUUUACUAAUUUCAGCAGAAAUAUUUGUUUCUCAAUAAAACUUUGAUAUUUAUUGCAACUCUGGUAACCAGCAAAGACCAAUUGAAAGAAGCUGAAAAUAAUAUAAAAAAUCGAAGUUGGACGUUCCCGCCUUUCAUUUUGACAUUUUUCACACUUUUCACGGUUCAGUUUUUUAAGUAAUAUUAUCAGGAUCAAAAAUAAAGUUUUUUCAGAUAAUUUUAUACAUUAUUGUCAAUGUUCAUUCGGGUAAACAAUGUACAGGCAUUUUUGUAUCAAGCAAUGCAUAUGAAACUUUGAUCUGGCAACAUCUCACACACGUUUUUCUACAUCUAGAUUAUUGGGACUUUGCACAUAAUAUUUUCAGUCAAAUAUUUAUUGGUAUUCCUCUCGAAAUCGCUUUUGGCAGUGAAAUAAUUGCAAGUACAUUUGUCGCAGGAGCAGUUCUUCCAGAGAUUGUAACUCUUGCAGUUUUUGAAAAUGGAUAUGUCUGUGGAUCAUUCAGUGUUGAUAAUGUUUUAGUGUUCAUAAGUCUCACAAAUUGGGUUAUGGUUAGUCGAAUUUUAUUGAAUUGCAAAAACUAAAAACAAAUUCAGAAUCGAAAAACGAUGGAAAAGAAACAUUGGAAUUUUGGAAUUAUUUCAAUCUUGUUUAUUCAUACCAUAAUUGAUAUCAUACGAAGUAUAUAUUCAUUCAAUCGUUCGACAAAUUAUGUAUUAGUUACUUUAACAGUUUAUACGUUCACAUUUUAUUGUUACACUGGCUUUAUUGGUUUUUUCAUUGGUUAUUUUCUGAUCAACAAAAAAUGCGUGAGCUUUUUACCAUAAUUUUACAAACGUAAAUCAGAGCUUUUUCAGAAAAACGUAAAUGAAAGCUGCAGGAUGAGAGUUUCAAUAUAUGGAUUCGCGAUGUUUUCCUUAUUUGUUCCAAUCAUUUAUCGUGAAACAAAGAGACACUACUAUAAUUAG